AUGUUGCCCGUAGACUCGACGCGUGCCUUUGAGUAUCUGUGGUAUAUCUGGCGUAUCUUCGGAAUCCAUCCGCCCGAUGGUGAUACAUUUUGGACUCGACAUUAUACGGCCUAUGCGAUUGUUAUCAAUAUUUUUUCCAACAUUUGUGUGCCACUAUCAUUCUAUAUUGAAUGUCUGUUAAGUAGCUCCCUGGCCGAGUUCUCGGAGAACUUUUAUGUGGUUGCCGUAGUAAUCACAGAGCAGGUGAAGUUUUUCAAUGCUUGGUAUAUGAUAGGUCGAUUUAAAAACCUGCAUAUGACUCUGCAACAAUUGGAUAAUCGAUUGCAAAGCAACAAGGAGCAUCACAUUAUACGGGAUCACAUCCGACAAUCGAAACGAAACUUUGUUUGGAUCCUGCGUUUGUUCUCAGCAAUCGUCACAUCUUCAGUUUUAAUUACGGUCUGUACAGACGACCAAGAACUCGCUGCUCACGCUUGGUAUCCAUGGGACUGGAAGAGCUCGAAUCGUGUCUAUUGGUGGACAGUCGGCUUUCAAACAUUGAGCAUCGUUUCUCUGUGCAUGAUGGCUGUCAUCAAUGAUACCUAUCCGAUGUCCUAUCUGACCAUGGUCGCUGGACACUACAAAGCAAGAUCACAAGGCAAUAUUAAUGUAAGUUAUUUCUAUUUGUAUCUUUUACAUUAUUUAUUCAUAUUGCGUUCUUUAAGAUUGGUCGAUACGAUUCAGGAUGCGCUUUCAUCAGUUUUUUUCGUUCAAUUCACCUGCACUGCCUUAUCAAUGUGUACUCUAACCUACUUCGUAUUCUUCGUUAAAUUGAGCAUGUCUAAGUUGUUUCACCUAUUCUUCAAUUUUAUUGGCGUCGCCAUUGAAACAUUUAUAAUAUGCUAUGCUGCUGAGGCAGUCAGCGACAGCGCAGAGCAUGUGUGUCAGGCGGUCUAUAACUGCAAUUGGUUGGAUCAGUCUAUCAAAUUUCAACGCACCCUGAUCCUUGUGCUUAAGCGUUCCCAGCGUCCUAUCAUCAUUAUGGCAGCCAGACUUUUGCCAGUGCGCAUGACGACCUUUCUAGCGGUUGGAAAAACGGCUUACUCAAUGUUUACGAUGCUAAACAAUAUAAAGUCGAAGAGUUAA